AUGAAAUCCAUUUCCCUUAUUGUCGCAGCUCUUGCUGUUGGUGCUUUCGCAGAUCUUCAUACUCAAGGUGUUUGCAUCGAUACCCCUUCCAGAGGAGUGGACGUUUACAAUAAGGCUGCCACUGAGAAGGCAUGCAAUGCCUAUAAGAACCGGAACACUGGUAACAACCAAUGGGAUCACUGCCCCGAUUGCACGCUUCUGAACGACCAGAACCUGCUGUACUACUGCGAGUCCAAGGGAAUGCACAUCGGAGGUGAUGAGUUACACUAUUACUGCACCCAAAAUGGUGCCGGGGACAGUGUUGCUUGGUAA